AUGGGAUAACUUUUUUCGAUUCCUUAAAAAGAUUAAAAUCAAUAAAAUGUAGUUCUUUAAAAAUAAUUUAAAGAAUCUACUGAAUCUAACCAACCAUGUGUUACUAUUUCAACACAUAGACCAUAAUAGUCUUUAGGAGAGACUAAUAACUAGGAUUUUCCAUGUUCAUUAAUAAUUUAAGACAUUGACUAAUAACAAUUUUAACAAGAAGGUGAUAAUAAUAAGAUUGUUUCUAUUUUUGAAUCUAAUUAAUAAAUCUAGAUUGAUGCUAGUGGAAGAUUGGUUAGAAGUUAAUAAACUUUAAAUAAAAUUCAUAAAUGCUUUUUUUGCAAUAAAGAAAUUGAAGAAAUACUUAUUUAAGUAUUUUGUUAACAUAAUUAUCAUCAUGAUUGUUUUGUUAAAUUAAUUGAAUAAUAGUUACUUUAAUUUGAAAGACAAUAUAUUAAAUGUAAAUGUGGAACUAAAUUGAAUCCGAAUCUUUUGAGAUAAUUAGUCAAUAAAGAAGUUAGAUCUAAAUUAUUGUAUUAAAUAUUCUCUUCAUAAAUUUAAAUCUUAUUGAAAAAUUCAGCAAUAAGAAAAAACCCUGAUUAUGAUCAAAUUGUUUAACUCUUUAAAUCAAAUACAAUCUAAUAAGAUUUUGAUUAUUAAUAAUCUAUUAAUUAAAAUGAACAAAUGUAAAUUAAAUUAUAAGAAAUUUAAUUUAAAUCUAAUGGAAUUUUAUAUAAAAGUGAAUCAAAAUUAUUAAUUACCAGCUUUUGUUAAGUAUGUCAGAAAUAAAUUCAUAAUGAUGAUGUAGUUAAAUUACAUUGCAACCAUUUUUAUCAUCUAAAUUGCUUUAAGGAGUGGAUAGAAAUUUAAAUUAUGGAUAGAACUAAAUUUUUAAUUAAAUGUAUGUGUGGAAACAAAUUAAACACAAACAUCAUAAGAACUAUUCCAGAUCUAUCCAAUCGAAUGAAAUUACUUAGUUAGUUAUUUUCUUAAUAAUUAAUAUAGAUCCUAAAAUUAUUAAAAAAAAAGGAAGAUUUUAUCUAAAUUAUGGAUAUUUUUCAUACGUAUUAGAAUUCAGAGGACUAUGAUUAUAUUACCCAUACUGGUUUUAUUUAUUAAAGCAAUACUUCUACCCCAGGAGGAGAAUGA